GUCUCUACUGUCACUGCACACUUAUAAGCCGACUUCAUACUUUUUUUAAUUCUUUUUUUAAUUCUUGAGAUUGGGUUACAUUACGCCAUCGCCCUGAACUUUAGGCAUUAUUCCCCAGAUUUCUCGGCGUUACCCAGAAUUUCACGGCGCACAAAGAAAGAGAAGAAAGAGGUGACCGCCACCCGGAUGCAUUAGUGCCAAGUUCAGGUCCAAGUUCCGGUUCAGGAUUCAGGUUCUACCUUAGAUUUAUCGGCAUUGAGCGGCAAGCGAAUCGCAAUCGUUCCUACCUCAAUCCUCUGAAACUACUCUGACGACGCUAUAAAGACGCAAGGAAAGUCACACAACGUAGGAGGAUCCACAGGUCUAAGUGACCUAAAACAAUUUGGUCAAAAUGCCACAUCGGGUUGUAGACUUUUUUAGGUCUUCAAACGAUAGUAUUCACAGCAUUAAGGCUUCCGUACAGCGGAGGAGUAAUCCCAACUCGCGAUCCGCCUCAAGAGAACGGCCAGCCAUAUCUUCGGUACUCGAAGCCGCCGUCGAUCAUACUCAAUCCUUAAUUCCCGCCGCACUUCCGGCAAAGAUGGCCGAACCUCUUAAGCACAAGGACUCUCAUAAUCACCAUCGUCUGAGCUUUCCCAGUUUACAUCUUGGCGGUUCCAAAUCGUCAAAGGAACCACCACAAAAUCCCAAUGCGUCCCUAGACUGGAAAAUUGAGUCGCCACCCGUUGUCAUGCACGGCGAGCCGGAGAACAGCACAGGCGCAUUGGUUUCCGGCCAAUUAUUACUUGACGUCAAGGAGGACGGUUUCGAAGUUGAUCACUUCACCGCCACGUUAAAUAUUCGCGUCAUACAGAAGAGACCGUUUGCAGGUCAUUGCCAGCAAUGCUCGAAUCAAACAACCGAGCUCAAGUCUUGGACGCUCCUGAGCGAACCAACAGUUUUAUCUAAGCGCGUGCACGAAUUUCCCUUCUCUGUUUUAUUAGAUGGGCAUCUGCCUGCGACAACAGACAACUCGGUUGUUGCCAUUCGAUAUGACUUCUUUGCGGAAGCAACACCCCGAACAGGGCCCACCAUCAAGCUCACGAAAAAUAUUGAAGUCAAACGAUCAGUUCAAGUACCAGACCUACCCCAUCACAGCAUUCGCAUUUUCCCACCAACCAACAUCGCUGCUAGUGUGCACUUUACCCAAGUCAUACAUCCCCUUAGCACUAACACAUUCACCCUACGUCUUGACGGCAUUGUCAAGCACAACCCCGAUGUCAAGACCGUAGAGUAUUGGAAGCUGAAAAGACUUUCGUGGAAGCUAGAGGAAAAUAUGGAAACCGUCGCACCUGCAUGCGAGAAGCACUCGCCAAAGGACCCGGAAACCGGCUUGCCGAUGAAGAAGGGUUCGAAGCGUAGCGACUCACGUACGAUAGCGCAUGCAGAUAUGCACAGCGGCUGGAAGGCAGACUACUCACCGUCUGGGAGCAUCGAAAUGGAAGUUCAAUACCAGCUUGCACCUAGCGCGAAAACCGUGUGUGAUAUGAAGAGCGAAGAUGGCACUCAAAUUACACACCAGCUGGUUGUGGAGAUGGUGGUUGUACAGGAAUACGCACCUACCGCUCAUCCCAAGCAUAUCACGCCGACCGGAGUUGCACGUAUAUUGCGCAUGCACUUCGGAGUCGUGAUAACGGAGAGAGCCGGCUUAGGUGUCAGCUGGGAUAACGAGGCACCUCCAAUCUACCAAGAUGUCCCGCCUUCGCCCCCGUCUUACUCGUGCGACAUUCCCUACGAGAGCAUUGACAGCGUCGAGGAUUUGACGCUAAAUCGACGGAGUCACGAUGUCGGGAGCAGGGCCCAGAGUCCAAUAUACGAAGAGCAAACACCGUCGAGUGCGGGGGCUGACGAGGCCGCACGUUAGGAUACGUCCGACCGCCGGCAUGGCAUAUUUAGACGAUGUUCGCUGUUGAAUAAGUUGAGGAAAAAAUAGUGCUGGGUUGUUUUCUUUUCUGUCAUUUGUCUUGUGUUGCGAGGAGAAAAAAAAAUUAUAC